AUGGGUAUAUCUGGCCUAUUGCCAUGCUUGAAACCAAUCCAAAAAAACUCUCAUCUAAACGCCUACGCUAACAAAUCAAUAGCCAUCGAUGCCUACUCAUGGCUACAUAAAGCCAUCAUCUCCUCAAACCUCGAAAUCUACCACAACAAAUCCACAAACAAAUACUUAAACUACUUUAUCAAAAAGCUAAACCUCCUCGCCCACUUCAACAUCUCCCCCUACCUCGUCUUCGAUGGCGACUACCUCCCUACAAAGGCCUCCACUGAAUCUUCCAGAUCACAAUCAAGACUCAAAAACAAACAACUAGCCGACGCAUACUUUCAACAGGCAAACUACAAAAAAGCUCUCGACGCUCACUUGAAAUCAAUAGACAUCUCCCCACCAUUCGCCAAAACAAUCAUAGACUACUUGAAAGCGAACAACAUCAAAUACAUUGUCGCCCCCUACGAAGCUGACUCUCAAUUGGUCUAUCUCGAAAAAUCCGGCUUGGUUGACGCUGUUAUUAGCGAAGACUCUGACCUACUUAUCUUUGGCUGCAAAACACUACUCACAAAAUUAAACGAUUCUGGUCAUUUCAUCGAAAUCAGCUCAUCCGAUUUCACCAAAAUACCCUCAUUCUCUUCCCUCAACCACUAUCAACUAAAACUAGUCGUCUCCCUAUGUGGCUGCGACUACUACAAGGGUAUUCCAAAUAUUGGUCUAAAAACUUCCUUGUCCUUAGUCAAAAAAUACUCAAACUUGAAAAAACUCCUCUUGUUUCUAAGAUUCCAAAACAAAUUUAAAAUACCUUCCAAUUUCGACCAAAUCUUCCUAAAAGUAUACUAUUGUUUCACCUACCAAAGAGUAUUCGAUCCAAUUACCUCAAAAAUAACCACCCUAAACCCAAUUCCCUCUCAACAAGAUAAUCAACAAAAUAAUUAUCAAGAUAAUGAAACCCCCAUCGAUUAUAACAUCCUAUACUCUUGCAUCGGCAAAAAAUAUGACGACCAAAAUCUUCACUACCUAGUGUCAAUUGGCGAAAUAGACCCUUUUACUCAUAAAAAAUUGAUUUCAAGAGAA